AUGGGUGGCCGUGGAAGCGGGCAGGUGGCUUGUCUGCACAAGGAGGAGGAGCAGUGCAGGGUCCCGGUGAGCAGGACCAGGUUGUACUCAGACUAUCUCUACUUUGCAAGUUCGAAUAAAUCUGCAGACGACUUCCAUGAAAAAGUGACAGAAGCUCUGCAGCUGUUUGAAAAUUGCAUGCUGGAUUAUUCGCUGCGCGCCUGCGUCUACAACAACACCCUGAACAACGCCAUGCCUGUGAGGCUCCAGGUGGGGCUGUAUGCCGUCUACCUUCUGGACUGGCUCACUGUUUUUAAGAAAGAACAGUUCCUCAUUCUCCGCCUGGAAGAUCAUGCUUCCAACGUCAAGUACACCAUGCAGAAGGUCUUCCAGUUCCUGAACCUCGGGCCCUUGAGUGCGAAGCAAGAGGCCUUGAUGACAAAGAGCCCCGCAUCCAAUGCACGGCGCCCUGAGGACCGGAACCUGGGGCCCAUGUGGCCCAUCACACAGAAGAUUCUGCAGGACUUCUACGGGCCUUUCAACACCAAGCUGGCGCAGGUUCUUGCUGAUGAGGCCUUUGCAUGGAAGACCACGUGAGGGCUGAGGUCCUGCUACAGGCCCUGGGUCCACUGAUUCCAGCAUUGCCAUGAUUUUAAAAAUCUCUCUUUGUGGAGGUGCGAUGUGCUCCUUGGUGGAGUUGAUGGAGAAAACCUCUGGGGACGCAGUUUUCUUUCCCUCUCUGGGCUGUGUGAAUUCUAUCCCUUCCAGAAUUUCCUUUGUGGUCAGGCCAGCCGCUGACCCCUCACUGGGCUCCUCCGUCUGAGGCCACCACGUGCUCCACUUCCACAAGAAUUCAAUUCUGCUCCAAGAGUGCCCAGAGCUCCAGGGUGAUGCAGGCGGGCACUGUUCUGGGUGCAGAGAGGGGCUGCAGGGAGGUCGCUGCCAGCCUCGCUGCCUUCGGGAGAGCCUGAGUCUGGGAGUUGGCAAUUCUGGGAUCCGAUUAGGCACGCCAGAGGUCACGCCACAGGGCUUCUGAGAACUGACAUAAUUUACAUUCAGUUUUGAAACACUCUUCUUCAGAUCUCGAAGGUCAUUUGGGUGGAGAAUCGAGGCUCAGGAAUGGAGUCAUCUUUCUGUUUUCUUUUUCCCUUUCUCUCCAAAGUCAGCCCAUCAGUCUCUUCAUAUAUAAACCCCGUCAACUUCACUGUUUCCGAGAGAAUAAAAGAAGUUGGUUAUUUUGGCAGCACGUUCAUCUUCCCAACCUCCUCCCAUUCUGUCCUUGUAGACUUCAGUUAUGUUUAACAUAGAAAAUGAAUGUGUUUAAAAUAAACCACGUUCUACAUGGGACUAGCCCUCGCUCUCUUUUCUGCCUCUUUAGAUGUUUUCUCAAGAAAUUCAGUUUAUAAUCAGAAAAGAAACAUUUGCUGUUCAUGCCAGAAAGUGCAACUGCAAGGAAUCGAACACUUCAUGGACAGUCUAGCUAACUCAAGCUCUCACCAUGUGCACAAGGUCAUCAGAGAACUGGAGGAUGUGUAAAAGCUCAGUGCUGGCCGGCUGCAGGCACCACCUCUCCGCCUUCCUACCGGAGUGAGUUUAUUAUCCAUUCUCCACUGUGCGUGGUCGAAGAUCCUCCCUCGGGUAGGGAACUACAAGAUACUUGGGUCUUGAUUCAGAAACACAAUGACAAACUAAAUUUGGGCUGAACAUGGUGUGCUGAGAUUCAGAACGAGAUCGCAAGAAGCUGUGUCCUUAAUGGAACCUUUUGGGCCACUUAGCAGCUUGGGCCAGAUGGAAGGGCUGAAGGUCUUGCCAUUUCUUGAAAGUCAUGGGAAAGAUUGAAGAGAACACUUGGGCCACUUGGCACACAGCCUCUGGUGGGAACUCGACGGAGCUUUGCACUCGAGUGUUGUCCAGGGAAGUGUCCUGUGAACGAAAGUUCCCAGGUCGAGACACCGUCCACCCAAGUCAGAAAGUGCAAACACCUCCCCGCUGAGUUGUAACUUGCGUGUGUGAGACAGACCAGCUUCGGUGGUCAGAGGUCCAUCUGCAGGUGCUCAGGUGUCCGACCCUGGCACUGUUUUUCUUCUGCCAUCAGAGAUGGAUACACAGCCCAUUUGAAGGCAUGCAGAGGGCUCCUAGCACUGGCAAGGCGGGGCUAUUUCUGCUACUGAAGGGGCUGUGUGUCCUAAACACCCACUUUCAGGGACAAUCCCCUCUUUAUCUCGCAGCCGGCACUUGGAGCAGCAGCCAGUUGGGAAAUCUGGCCUGAGCACAAGGAUGCUUUAGGGAGAUAUCACUUCAGUGUGUGUGUGUGUGUAUUUAUUUGCAAUACAGAGUGCGUGUGUGCAUGUGUGUGUGUGGGUGCAUUUUCUGAGUGGAUUCCCUUCAGUUCUGUUGCCGACGAGGCUCCUCUGCUCUGGACAUAACCCCUUUUAUAGAUUAAUUUCUCUGCCAGUUAACUUGUCGUUUCCAGCACAUGUUUUGCUAUUCCACACCAACCAUAAUUACAAGGGAUUUUUCUUAUGCACUCCUGUGCAUGUGAGUAACAUGUGGUAUAACUCUGCUUCUUACAGAAGUGUGACUGAAGGUGUUAUUUCCAAUAUUAUUUGGUUGAUUACACGAAUCUUUUUUAACACACGCAGGCCCAUCCCGUCAGUGCCAACCAAUGCCACGCAGACACGGUUUCUCUCUCGAGGGGCCUUUCUCCGCAGGGCAGCGUGUCACCUCUGCUUCUUCUCAUUUGAGGCCCAGCUCUUGCAGGCAGCACAGAUGCCAUUUUGAGCAGUGGCUUUCUAGCCUGUCAUCCCAGACCAAAGCAAAACGGAGCAUUUCUCACGACCUGGUAUUGAAGUUACUUUGUGUUCUCAAAAGCUGUGUACCAGAUUGUAUUAAAUUGUACUCCCUUAAUCGUGUAAGGUAUGCUAAGGGAAUCACAGUCGAGCUGUACUUUUAUUACUAUUUAACAUGAUUAAAGACGGACCAUGUGAUUGGUA